GUGAAGUCCGGAGAAGAAACAGGAACAGAUUGUUGCUAAAGAAUGUAUUUUAAUGGAUAAAACUCAGAGCUGUGGACAGUUUAAGUGAUUUUAUUUUGCCAUGAGAAGAGUCACACUGUUUGUCAACGGAACCUCCUCAAAUGGAAAGGUGGUGGCCGUGUACGGCUCUCUGGAGGACUUACUGUCUGUGGCCAGCUCCAAACUGGGGAUAAGAGCCUCUAGUGUUUAUAACGGGAACCGCGGCCUCAUCGACGACGUGACGUUAAUCAGAGACGAUGAUGUUCUGUACAUAUCAGAGGAAGAGUCAUUUGAAGACCCUCAGGAUGAGCUCGCACACCCUGAGAAGGAUCAGACUCACACUGACUGGCUGACGCUCAACGUCGGUGGACGCUGCUUCACCACCACGAGGAGCACGCUGGUCAGUAAGGAGCCUGAGAGCAUGCUGGCCCACAUGUUCAGAGAGAAAGAUGUUUGGGGGAACACGCAGGACUCUCAGGGGGCGUACCUGAUAGAUCGCAGCCCAGACUACUUUGAACCCAUUCUGAAUUAUCUGAGACACGGACAGCUCAUCAUCAACGAAGGCAUCAACCCUCUGGGUGUUUUGGAAGAGGCUCGCUUCUUUGGUGUUGAGCAGCUCGCUGAGCAGCUGGAGACCCUCAUAAAGUCCUCUCAGCCCCCCGACGAUCAUUCUCCUCUGAGCCGCAAGGAGUUCAUCAGAUACCUGCUCGCCACGACGACCAAGUCAGAGCUCCGGUGUCAGGGUCUGAACUUUAACGGGGCGGAUCUGUCUCGUCUGGAUCUGCGCUACAUCAACUUUAAGAUGGCCAACCUGAGAGGAGCCAACUUGACGCACGCCAACCUGAGCGGGGCGAACCUGGAGCGAGCAGACCUGUCCAUGGCCUGCCUGGACGCAGCCAACCUGCAGGGUGUGAAGAUGCUGUGCACCAACGCUGAAGGAGCUUCACUGAGAGGCUGUAACUUUGAAGAUCCUGCAGGAAUCAAAGCCAAUCUGGAGGGAGCCAACCUGAAGGGUGUGGACAUGGAGGGGAGUCAGAUGACGGGGAUCAACCUGAGGGUCGCCACGCUGAAAAAUGCCAAACUGAAGAACUGCAACCUGAGAGGAGCGACACUGGCCGGGACGGACCUGGAGAACUGUGACUUAUCAGGAUGUGACCUCCAGGAGGCCAAUCUGAGAGGCUCCAAUGUGAAGGGAGCCAUCUUUGAGGAGAUGCUGACUCCUCUGCACAUGUCUCAGAGUGUGCGGUGAAAACAACACACUCUGUGGAGAGAGGCUGGUGAUGAACGAUGAUGUUUGCUGCCACUAACAAUACCAACAUUUAAAUCUGUUGCAGGUAUGUCUAUUGAAAGCUUUCAAUGGUUUUCUUUAUGAAUCAAUUAGUCCAAAAAUAAUGAAGUGCACGGAUCAGCUGACACUCAUGGGUCAGGUUCAGUUUGUGUUUAUUUUGUCUGAUCAGAUUAUAAAUAAAUAAAUAAAUAAAACUCAGCAGCUGCUGAAACUGAGAUUUUCACUCAGACUGUCAAUUUCCAGUAUUUCUUUAUAAAUUCUUUAUUGGUCAUUUUGCCGUCACAGAUAAAAAGUGACGCUCUAUUUUCCACCAGCACUUAAAUGCAUCAUCGAUUUCAUACAACAGAAUUCAGAUAUUAAUGUGCACAGGAAGCAAAUGUCAUUCAAUCAAUUCCAGUAUAAAGCUCAAUUCUAAAAACUAUCGGUGGAAUAUAUUUAAUCUUGUUCGCUUGUAUUUGUUUGUGGACACAUUUGUAAAUAUUACUGUACAGUGAGUUGUACACGUCUGCAAAUCCUGAUUUUAUUUGCGGAUCCUGAAACACACGUUUCCCUCUGAAGACGAUAAACACCAACAAGUGUCGACGUCUUGCAGGACGUUUGAUUUGUUGCGUCUCAGAGACUGAAAGACUUUUUCUUCCUUGUGUGUCUGGAGCUGUAACAGGAAGUGAGCGGCGUUUGAAUGUAGCGUUGGAUUGUUUUUAAAGUGCGUUUGAUACGUUUGGGAUUGUAAAAAGUCUUUAAAGGUAACGAUUGUAAAGCAGAGGUCUUAAUGUGUUCAGGUCUUAAGAUUAAAUAUUCAGUCAUGGAAACCAGUUUAAAUGUGAGAUGUUGUUACAAAGGGACGUUUUGUGCGUGUUAUAUAUUACGACGCACUCGCUGGUGCAUUCUUUCAUCACAUAUUAAUGGGGGGGAAGGUGUGUUUGUUUCUGUGUGACUAAGAAAUAACAAGCUAUAAAAUCUAAACGGUCCACAACAGGUGCUUUCUGAAACAUUGUCCUGUUUGUCCUCAUUAUUUUGUGAUAAAGAAAUAUAAUAAAAAACAAAGAUUGUGCUCAUUUAUUUCUGCAGUAAAUAACAAACCUUGUUGUUACUGCGCGAGCAGUAAGAAUGUUUACUGCAGUAAGUGUGUUUAGUCUUUACGUUACGCACACAGCUGUGAAAUGUGAAACCACCUGAACCGUCUUUUCUGCUGCGUCGUGCUUUUCUGUUUAAUAAACGUUUUUCUUAAAACAUGGAAUCAUG